AUGUCCGACCACAACUCUGCCUCUGAUUCAGAGUCCAACAAACAACCUCCAGCAAAUGAAGAAGAGGUUGCUGUCCUGCAAUCUUACCUCGAGCAAUGGCGCUUUGCUUCUACAUCGGAGCGCAAGAAUAUAUUGAAAGCAGCUACAAUGGAAGCCCGGACAAAAGCACCAGUCAUGUCAAUUGUGCUGUUCAAGGCUCAUAAAGCGGUACAUAUGAGACAUGGUUCCAAAACCAUGCCAAAGCGAAGAAACCAGGGAAACCCCCAAUCAAGAUGGGGCAGAAAUGGACCGAGAGAAGCGUCAGACACACUCCAGAAAAAGGAGCUCUUGAAGAAAAUCAAGGACGAGACUGGUGCCAAACCCAGAACAAAGGAGAUGAUGAACCAUUACACAGUCCACCUAAACCGGCUGAUGGCAUCACUGUCACCAGAAGACCUUCAAGAAGCCAAAGAGAUGGCCGAUGAAUGGAAUAGUCAGGGUGUUCCAGAUGAUGUCAAAAUCGAGAUCGCGAGAAAGAAGGGCGACGACAUGAUCCAACAUUUUUCAUCGGAGAUGUGGAACCGCACGGGAAUGAGAGUGUUCAUUUUAUCAGCUUGGAAGGAUGGAGAGAGCAAGGUCCAGACAGAUGACUAUAACCAAGAGUUCGGUGGUGCCGAGUCGUUCAUGAAGAGUUACAACUGGAAAGUGAUUGAGCCAGAAUGGGACGCAUAUGCCACCAGUGUAUUCGAGGGCAAUGUGGACAAGAAUCCGGUUGCUCGGAAGAAAGGCAGACAGGACAACAUGUAUACCCUUGACAUCGGAGGAUGA